UAUGCCCGCAAGUACCAGGACACAAGUUCAACGUAUUGCAGCCUUGGACUCGAGCUGGGCUCACCUUGGUAAUGGGUUAAAUGCCCACAAUAAUCCAUCGUGGAUGCAGUUAUAUCUGAGUGCCUGUAAACUACUGGACCUAUGUUUGUCUCUACCAGCUGAUACAGUCCCUCAGUUUCAACUAUAUCGUUGGGCAUUUAUUGGUGGAGCAGCAGCUGGGGAAGGUGAAGAAGACAUGGAAGAAGAAGACAAAACAAAGAAGAAAGAAACAAGAGGAAAACAAAAUCCUAGAGGACGACAGCAGUUUAAACCUCAUAUCAUCCGAUUAGCUAAACUGCUUAAUACUAAGUUACAGGGGGAUAUUCCUAUGAUGAAGAUGGUACCAGGCAGACCAUUGCUGACUUUUACACAUUUGAGAUCACUACAAGAGUUACAGCCCUUCUUUAACACCUUGUGUCUGGCUAAUCAGACUGAUAAUCUAUUUAGGGCUGUAAGGCAGCUUGGAGCCAGCAGUUCACAUAACCAGUCUAAAAAUUUAACCAAUGGGCAUGGAGAAAUGACAACUUCCCUCCAGUUUGAGACAAAGAAUUCCAUUGGUCAAGGAAUACCCAAGUCAAAAUCAGUUCCAGCUUUCCCAGUCAGUCAAAGUCCAAAAAUAGAAGCAGCAUCAUCGGACAGCAAGUCUAGUCAGCAGUAUAUUGAAGAAGUUCUAAUGAGAGACUUUCUGGAACCUAUGGUUUGAAAAACGAACAAAAAAAAAUAUUUCUUUCAGAAUAUAAGGCAUCAGGUAGCCAAAGUUAACAAACUCUAAAUAUCUGUAAACUAUUUGACACUAUGCACCUAAUUUUUACCCAUUUAGUCUUUCAUGUCAAAUGAAAGGAGUAUAAAAUAAUGUACAUAAUACACUUCAAUAUGUAAAGUUCAAACCAAGGAAAUGGCUUGAAAUUCUGAGAGAAAACAAAUUCUUACAAUAAAGUAAUAGACUUGGAAUAUAAGCAGACUCAAUCAAACCGAGCUUGCAACAUUUAAUAUUUUUGCCAUUUUUGGCGUUCUUUAGGGAUUCUAUUUUUUUCUAUUUGUAUGUUUAUUUCCAUUUCAAAUGCACAAAUAUACUUCUUCAUAGUCAAAUAAUACAAUUUUAUCUCUUAUUGUUUUUACAUAAUUAUGAUGAACAGUCUUUAAUGUGUUCUUACAUAUCUAUAAACUAUAAAGUUUAUUUCAUUUUCUGUCUCAAUGAAAAAUUUCUAUGAGAGAUAAAUGAGUCUUGUUAGAAAUAGAAUCACAGGUCAGGAAUAAAAAUUUUAGGAAAAGGAAGGUAUGAAACAUAGUCUAAGAUACUGUAAACUUGUCAUUCUGAAUCUGAAAGUGAUUACCAUCUGCCACUAGAAUAAAGCUAGGCCAGUCUGACUAUUUAUGAUGUAUACUGUUGACUGACAAACUUUUUAUCAAAAGAUCCCUAAAGUUUAUAAUGGACAAUUUCAAAAAUGGAAGUUGGACAAGUUCAUUUAAGAAAUUCAGAAGGUUAAAGGUUAACCGCACUAACAAUUCUUAAUAUGUAAAUAAUUAAUUGUCAAGACGUUUGUAUAUUGUGUCAAACUGAUCUCUAGUUUAAAUGUAAGGGACUGCAUGUACAUUUUGUAUAAAAAAAUUGCUUAGUUUUUAGUUUAAGCUUGUUAUAAAAUAACAUGUAGUUAACUUAAAAAGAGCUUCAAAAUUAUUGACAUUUUUUGUGUGACUUUCGUGUUAAUCAGUAAAAAGUUUAUGAUAAAAAAAGAUGAUAUAUCUGUGAAAUAUGUUGUAUGUAAAGUUGAAACUAAAUUUUUAUUGUUACAUUUAUUGAUAAUGAAAAAGUGGAAAAGGGGGAUUGUUUUCCAUUUGAAAAUACCUUAUAUAUGUUCCUGUAAGGUGGAAAUACUGCAGUAUCUCCAAUAAUUGUUAUAAAUAUCUUAUUGUUUUGUUAUUUAGUUAUUGCCCAAAUCUUAAUUGUAAAACAAUUAUGAUUCAAUUCCAGGUUUGUUUUGUUAUAUAUACAUGUAAUACUUGUUAAGUGAUUUUUUUCAUUAUUUGGAAAAACACAAUAUUGUUUUUUUUUUAAUUCCAGCAUUAUCAAACAGUUGCCAAAAGUUCUUGCUACAAAGUACAAACAAGAAUCGAAUUUUAUGUCUGCAUUAUUCAAUGAAGUCAUCCAGUCAUACUUUUACAAAGGGCUUAUUUCAAAUUAUUUGCUCUUGUUUAUAUAUGUACUAUUGUUAGUCAUAUAUGUUUGGUGAUGCUUUUAUGGAAGGAAAUAUUAACAUUUAGUUAUGACUGAAUCUGUAUCUAUGUUUUGACUUAGUAAAGUUGUUAUUUGUUAAAGAAAUUGAUGUAUUUGUUUAAUGUUGUGGGUAAUUAUGUAUAUGAAUUUAUAUCAAACUUAAACUUCUCCUGUAACAAACUAAGUUAUAUAGAAGACAAUGUGGGUAUGGUAUAUAACAUUAUAGUACUGCAUCAUGGGAAUAUCUUUCUAUAAACUCAUAGAUAUUAUACCCACCCACCCACUAAUGUUUUUCUUCACCCUGGGACUUCACCUAUCCUAUCCUAUAUUAUUAGCACAAAGUAAGAAAUUUGGGAAAUUAAUGUAGGUGUAAGAACUAAAUAUACGUUUAUUCCAUCAUGAUGACAGAAUGUACCUGUUAGUUCCUCAAUGGGAAUGGAUUUUUUAAACAUACAGUUAAUGUACCUGGUUCCAGUGACAGUCAUAUGGUAAAUCCUCUCUAAAAUAUCUAGCACUGCAGUUUUGACAUAUUCAUGGCCAUUUUAGCGCAUAAAGAAAACCACUGCAUUGACAUGGCAGUGUAGGGGCAGACAAAAGGUAAACCCUUCACUCAGUAUUGGUAGCCAAUGGUUAUAAAUGCCUGAUGCAUUACCAUAGUAACUUGUUUCUCUGUAUAUAGUUUGGGAUGUUCAUCAGAAGUCUUUAGUGCCAUCUAUUUAUAGACAUGCCAUCUA